ACAAGAGCCAUGGGAAGGAUCUGGGAGUUGGCCUUCCCACUGUGUCUCCACCAUCUCAACCAAACCGUAUCACUACUUCCCCCUCAGUUCUUGCUGCUCUAAUGCAUCAACUCAGCCAGAAGACAGACCAUUAGGAGUCAGCCCUGCUUGCAACCAAGAUAAAGGGUAUCCUCCUGGAUGACUUGUGGGACAAGGUGGCAAUGGGCUUGCUGCUCUAAUGCAUCAACUCAGCCAGAAGACAGACCAUUAAGAGUCAACACUGCAUGCAACUAAGACAAAGGGCAUCCUCCUUGGAUGUCUUGUGGGACAUGGUGGCUAUGGGUGAGCCUGGGGCCCACAUGAGGAUAAGUCAUCUGCACCUCUGGCUGGGGAUGUUGAUCAUUCUUUCAACAUGGCCUUUGACUGGGCAUGCUCAACACACCAGCCUCCCAGAAGUAGUGAUACCCUUACGGGUCACAGGCAACAGAACGAUGUGGGCUAUGGGAUGGCUGACAUAUAGCCUGAACUUUGGGAGUCAGAGGCAUGUUAUCUACAUGAAAAUCAAAAAGUUUUUCAUGUCUAGACACCUCUCUGUGUUCACCUACACUGACCAAGGUGCUCUACACAAGGACCAGCCUUUUGUUCAGAAGGAUUGCUACUACCAUGGCUAUAUAGAUGGAGACCCAGAGUCCAUGGUUGCCCUUACCACCUGUUUGGGGGGAUUUCAAGGAACAUUACAGAUAAAUGGGACUGUAUAUGAAAUCAAGCCCAAGAACCUUUCUUCCACAUUCGAACAUUUGGUUCACAAGAUAGACAGUGAGGAGUCACAAUUACUCCCCAUGAGGUGCGCACUAACAGAAGAGGAGAUAUCCCGGCAAAUGAAGCUUCAAGAGAAUGAUAACCACAUACUGAUGCAAAGCAGCUAUGAGGGUUGGUGGACCCACAAGCAUUUUCUUAACCUGGCAUUGGUUGUAGACCAGGAGCGAAUUCGUUAUCUGAAUGGCAAUCUGUCACGUGUGUUAAUGGAACUGUUAAUGAUUGUGCAUGUAAUAAAUAAGAUUUAUCAUCCAAUGGAUGUUGAGGUAGUUUUACUCGGAGUUGAGAUGUGGAAUGAAGGAGACCAGGUGACAGCAACUACCAUAAUGGAUCUCCUGAAUCAUUUUUGUCAUUGGAAAAAUGUUAGCCUUAAUAAGCGUGUUCAGAAUGAUAUUGCACAUCUUUUUGUGAAACGUCGUUUUGGUAUAUAUCUUGGUUUAGCCUAUGUUGGAACUGUUUGUAUUCCAUUUCUUAAUUGUGGGGUUGAUAAUCUGGUAGGAGGAAAUCUUGUUCAUUUUGGACAUAUUACAGCACAUGAAAUGGGUCAUAAUUUGGGUAUGAUACAUGAUGACCACACGUGUACAUGUGGAAUGCAAGCAUGCUUAAUGGCUGAAACAGACAAUGGUGUCCCGAAAUUCAGUAACUGCAGUUAUGCUGCACUUUUUAAAACCUAUGCUUUUGCCAACUGUCUGCACAAGGAAAAGAAACCAGUUAGCAAAUACAAAUUAGAGUUAUGUGGAAAUGGUGUGGUUGACGAUGGAGAGGAGUGUGAUUGUGGAUCUUCGAAAAUGUGUGUAAAAGAUCCAUGUUGUAGGGAGGGUUGUACCCUGAAAUAUGGAGCUGCUUGUGCUUUUGGUCUUUGCUGCAAAGACUGCCAGAUCAUGGCAUCAGGUGCAGUGUGCAGAGAAGCUGACAAUGAAUGUGAUCUUCCAGAAUGGUGUAACGGAGAGUCACAUGAGUGCCCUAAUGAUGUCUACUUGCUUGAUGGGAGCUCCUGUAAAGAUGGGGGAUACUGCUAUGAAAAGAGAUGUAAUAAGCGAGAUGAACAGUGCCAGCAAAUCUUUGGCAAAGAAGCCAGGAGUGCAGCUCAGAGAUGCUACAGGGAAAUCAACACCCAAGGUGACCGUUUUGGCAACUGUGGUCUCUUCAGAAGUACAUACCUAAGAUGUAAUGACUCAGACAUCCUCUGUGGGAGAGUUCAGUGUGAGAAUGUGAAAGCUAUCCCUACUUUGGAAGGACAUUCCACUGUUCACUGGACUCACCUUAAUGGUGUCACCUGUUGGGGAACUGACUACCAUUUUGGGAUGACAAUACCUGACAUUGGCCAUGUGAAAGAUGGCACAGACUGUGGUCCAGAGCAUGUGUGCAUUGAUAGGAAGUGUGUCAGUAAGUCAGUGUGGGUAAGUGAUUGUUCUCCAGAGAAAUGUAAUAUGAAAGGGGUCUGCAACAAUUUACACCACUGCCACUGCAACCUUGGGUGGGAACCACCAUUUUGCCUGACACAUGGCUUUGGAGGGAGUACUGACAGUGGCCCUUUGCCUGUGAAAAAAAAGACUUACAAGAAAAUUAUGACACUAGCUAUUUUGAUAUUCCUUCUUACUUCCUCAACCUUUGUGUUAAAAUUCUUUUGGGACACUUUAUUUCCUAGGAGGACUAAACCCAGUGUUUCUGCUUCAGAUAAUGAAGAACCAUCCAGCAAUGUCAGCACUUGAGGCAGAAUAGAAAAAGUUGGUAAUUUCAGAACUAUGUCAAAUCUCCCUAAAUUUCCCAUGCCUUACCCUGUAUUAUCUUGUCCCUUGAAGCAUCAUUUGUUUAAGAAUUGGCUGUAACAAAAAGUAUAGAGAUGUUUAACAUUUCAGUAUCAGAACACACAGCAUUCAAUAAAAGUGUA